ACUGGCUGUUUGGCCAGCCGCGAGUUUAGCGCCUAUAGACAAGCUGCCACGCCAAGUGACGAGCGGCUACUGCGUUAGGAACAAUGGCAGGUACGGCGUUGGCGUCUCGGGCUCGGCUCGGCGUUUGGGGAAUGAGGGCCAUGCAAACCCGAGGCUUCAGCUCGGAUAAGGAUCAUGAGAGUUCUUCCGGCUCGAUCCGAGACGCCGGUGGGGCCUUCUCGAAGAGAGAGCAGGCUGAAGAGGAGCGCUUCUUCCGACAGAAGACUAAAGAACAACUAGCAGCCUUGAAGAAACAUCAUGAAGAUGAAAUCUAUCAUCAUAAAAAGGCAAUUGAACGUAUGGAGAAAGAAAUUGAACGACAUAAGCAGAAGAUCAAACAACUAACUCAUGAUUAAAUGCACAUGU